CGGCGUCGAUCCCCCGUGGAAGCCUCCGCGUGUCGCGCCCCAUAAAUAUCCGACCUCGCCGGCGCCCGCGCCCUCCGAGAACUCCCCUUCUCCGCCGUGCCCAAACCCUAACCAGCCGCACUAGUACAGCGCUGCCGCUGCUACUAAUCCUACCGCUACCCUGCUGCCACGGCAGCGUCGGCUGCUCCUGCCGCUGCUCUGCUGCUAGCUGGCGCCGAAACCCUAGCCCCGCCCGAUGUCGCAGCAGGAUCCGGCGGCCGGGGAGGAGCUGCCGGGGGGCCUCUCGCGGAGCAGCUCCGCCAGCCGGCUCAACGCGCAGGCGCCCGAGUUCGUGCCGCGUGUCGCCGCGGCGCCCCCGCCCCCCGCGCCGGUGCAGCCCGUGAUCCACGUCUUCGCCGCGCCGCCCCCGCCGCCGCCCGCGUCCUUCUUCGCCGCGGGCCCGCCCCCGCCCCGGCCGCCGUUCGAGUUCUACGCGGCCGUCGGUGCUGCUGCCGCGGGCUUUGUUGCUGUGCCUGAGCAUGAGAUGGGGGCCGAGCAAGCGGUGCCGCCGCCGCCGCCUCCGGCCCAGGCGCACCAGCAGGGGAGAGAGCUGAUCACGGACGACGUGCUGCACAAGAUCACCAAGCAGGUGGAGUAUUACUUUAGUGAUAUAAACCUGGCCACCACAGAGCAUUUGAUGAGGUUUAUUACUAAGGAUCCCGAAGGAUAUGUACCGAUGUCAGUUGUUGCUUCCUUUAAGAAAAUUAAGGCUCUGGUGCAAAGUAGUUCCAUGCUUGCUUCAGCUCUUCGGACUUCAUCAAAGCUUGUGGUGAGUGAAGAUGGAAACAGAGUAAAGCGGGGACAACCAUUUACAGAAUCAGAUUUAGAAGAACUCCAGUCCCGAAUUGUUGUUGCAGAAAAUCUUCCAGAUGAUCAUUGUUACCAGAACCUUAUGAAGAUUUUCUCAUCUGCUGGCAGCGUAAAGACAAUCAGAACAUGCUAUCCUCAGACCCCAAACGGCAGUGGUCCAGUCACUAAUAGAUCUGCUAAACUAGAUAUGCUUUUUGCCAACAAGCUGCACGCUUUUGUUGAGUAUGAGACUGUUGAGGAUGCUGAGAAAGCGAUUGUGGUGCUUAAUGAUGAGAGGAACUGGAGAAGCGGGCUUAGAGUUCGGUUGUUGAAUUCUUGCAUGGCUAAGGGAGGCAAAGGCAAGAAGGGUGGGCAUGAAACUGAUGUACACGGUGAGGAGGAUGUUUCCACUUCUGAUCAACCAAAUGAUAAACAUUCAGAAGAAAUAUCUCAACCGUCAGAUGCAAUAGGAGAGCAUGUUUCUGAGGAAAGCACUGGAGAUAUGGGGCGCGGCAGAGGCCGAGGACGAGGACGUGGAGGCAGAGGCAGAGGGCGUGGCUACCAUAACAACCAUAACAACAAUCAAUACCACCAUAACAACCAUCCACAGCAGCAGCACCACUACCACCACCAAAACAGCAACAAUCAAGGUAACAACCGGAGUGGCGCCCAUCCUGUCGGAACGCCACCUUCCAGCCACCCAGUCAAGGCUGAGCAACAACAGACACAGUCAUCGCCACCUGCGGGAGCUAACAAGCAGCUUCCAGGGCCCCGUAUGCCAGACGGCACUCGUGGGUUCUCAAUGGGCAGAGGAAUGCCGCAAACAUCGACGCCCAGCGUAUCCACUAGUGAACCUUGAACUUGAUUCGCGCCACAGGACAGACGAGACACAGCUUGUGCUGCUGAUUUGUCAUGUUGAUAGAGAGAUGCUGAGAGACUGUCUUUUAGAAGUCUUGUCUUUUGGAGUGUGCUUUCUGAUUUACAGACCAUAAUAUGGUUUUGCACGUGCUGUGUGUACUUUAAAACCGGUAGCGCAGUGGUUUCUGAGUGAUUACGGUCACCAUUUUGUAACUCCUAUUUUUGUGCUCCUUUUUGCCUCUUUGACUGUAAGAUUGUAGAAGUAAAAGCUCAUGUGGACACAGAAAAAGUAAAGAAAAUAAAAGGAACAUGAUAAAAAA